AUGGUAGGAGUAGCAUUCGAUGUCGGAGCCGUUCCUCUCAACCCAGACGGAUGGGGCCCAAUGGAUUCCACCACCGCCGCUAACAACAACAACGACCUCCCUCUCAACGUCCCCUUCGCCCCUUUCUCCCGCUCCGACAAACUAGAUCGAAUCGCCGAUUGGACUCGCAACUUCAACAACCAGACCCGAUCCAAAAACCCUGCUGAUUCCGCCUUCGAUUUCACCCUCGACGAUUCCUUCCCAGGCAACGCCGAUGACGAUGCCACAUUCCGUCUCGUUGAUGGCGAACCACCACCGCGUCCCAAAUUCGGCCCCAAAUGGAGAUACCAGCAACAACGACAACUUCCUCAACGUCGCGAUGAGGAAGUCGAAGCAAAGAAACGUGAGGCGGAGAAGGAGAGAGCUCGUCGCGAUAGGCUUUAUCAUCAGAAUCGUUCAAACCCUAAUAAUCCCAGCCGUGAUUCCCAUGUUGUACUCCCCGUAUCCACAUAA